AUGGAUAUUCACCAAAGACACCCACAGGCCGUGGUUUUGCCAAUUCUGUCCUCUGUCUCCAUUGCUCUGGCUAUUCCGCCGCUAAUUCUGCAUGGAAAGAAUCGAAACUUCCCUGCUAGCAGUUUGAUAUGUUGGUCAAUCCUCCUCAACUUGUUCAACAUCAUCAAUUCUCUCAUAUGGCCCACGGACGACGUGGCGUCGUGGUGGGAUGGGGCUGGUCUCUGCGAUAUCGAGGUCAAAUUCAUGGCUGCCGGAUACCUGGGCGUUCCAGGAAGCCUGGCAUGCAUCUUUCGAAGUCUUGCAAUUGUACUAGACACAGAUCGGGCUACAUUAGUCCCGAGCAAGGGUCAACGCUGGCGCAAUCGGUUCAUGGAGAUUCUGUUCUGCAUCGCUGUUCCAGUCAUCGCAAUGAUCACACAAAUCAUCUGGCAGAAGAGUCGAUACUUUUUAUUCUCCAUCUCGGGAUGUGUGAACAACUUCGACGAGAGCUGGGUCAGUCUCGUCUUUGCAUGGAUCUGGCCGCCGAUAAUCUGCCUCAUUGCAGCAUACUACUGCUGCCUGGUGCUCAUGCGCGUACACAAGUACCGAAGCGACUUUGCAAACAUCAUCCACGCCUCCAGCAGCAAUCUCAGCAAAAAUCGCUUCCUCCGCCUCUUCUUUCUGGCCCUGUCAAUGCUCGUCUGCAUCCUCCCACUACAAGGCUACGUCGUCUAUAACGACAUAGCCCUCUCUCUCCCCUGGCAUAGUUACUCCUGGAGCAGAAUCCACAACGGGAAAUGGAAUACCAUCGAAAAGAUCCCUAUCAACGGCACCGUCUUUUUCGACCGCUGGACCCCCGUCGCAUCAGGCUUCAUGAUCUUUAUCUUCUUCGGCUUCGGCCGCGACGCAACCCGCAUGUACCGCACAGUCUUCUGGUAUCUCGGACUGGGUUACUGCUUCCCGAGCAUACAGCCCCCAACAGAUACAUACCGCACCGCACCUUCCCCCGCACAAGCCUCAACAGCAACCACCCUCGUCGGCAGCAUCGGCUCCCGCGCCAAAUCGCUGUUCUCGAGCCAAAAGAAAUCAAUCGCCACUUUCGUCUCGACGCAUGGCAUAUACAACGAUCUUGAGAAAGGUACCUCGUUGCAUCUGUCCCGUCAUAGCGACGGAAGGCUGACCAAGAAGUCGCGAUGGAGUCGCUUGCCCUGGUCACUCUUUGACAGACGUCAGACUCAUCAGUGCACCGAUGGGACUCUGCUGGAUAAUCUCCCAGGCGGUGCCUUGCAGACUAUCUCCACUAGUGCUUGGGCUAGUCACCGCGAUAGUCGGGACUUGUCUACUGGGUCUACUUCGCCGGAGCUGAAUAAGGAUAUCAUUCAUGUGCGGCAGGUUAUUAGCCAGCAAAGUGAGGUUAGGGUUCAGGUUUAG